GAGGAGACCUGCACAGACCGGAUCAGUCUGAUCUGUCCUCCUGCAGGUCUGAACAGGGAACACUGUCGUCUGUCACUCAGGAGAUCCUCUGACAGCUGGAGCCUCUGAGGGUCAGUUCACCCCCCCACUGGCCAGGAUGCUGCAGCUGUGUAAAGUCACUAAAACUCUGUUCAUCAGUGAUGCUCGUGCUGCCUGCAGCGAGGAGCUCCUCCAGCAGGAGGCGGUGACGCUCUGCAUCAACGUGUCCAAGCAGCAGCCGUUUCCCUCCACUAGCGUCACCAAGCUGCAGGUGCCUGUGUACGAUGACCCCAACGAGGACCUGUAUAGCCACUUCGACCGAUGUGCAGACGCCAUCCAGAAGGAGACGAACCGUGGAGGACGCAGCGUCGUCUACUGCAAGAACGGACGCAGCCGGUCGGCCACCAUCUGCAUCGCCUACCUGAUGAAGCACCGCCGGCUGAACCUGACGGAGGCCUUACAGAAGGUGAAGACGUCUCGUCACGUGAUUGAUCCGAACCCCGGCUUCAUGUCUCAGCUGCACAGAUAUGAACAUGAUCUGCGUAAAAGACGAGGAGAGACCUGAUCCUCGGCUGAGAUCCCUGGAGCAGCUCUGAAGGUGAACCGCUUCCUCUCCGUCCACCGCUGCAGCUCCAUCUGAUCUCCAUCUUUCUGACUGUGAAUAUUUCAAGUUACUCAACCAUAGAUUCUAGAUUCAAAAUGAACUUUAUAUAUUGAUGUGAAGAGGAAAAACUGAAAGAGAGGGAGCACUCGCGUCUUUAUCAUUGAAGUCAUCGUUUGUCCAUAAUGAAACAUGAUAUUAAAGAUCCUGUUCAUAGUUUAGAUAUUUAGUAACGUUGACAGGGAAAUUAACAACUUUAACUUAAUAUAACCGUAAUUGUUAUUGGCAUAUUUACAGAGUAAAAUAAAAAAUUUGACCAAAAGGUUGUAUAGAUAUAAACUGCACAACAAUGCUAAGACUGUAGUAUAUAAUGUACAGUGAUGCAAUGCAAAUCAAUAUGCAACAACAUUAACUAUUUCCUGACAUUUCAUUAAUUAAACAAAUAUUUGUUAGUUGUGUGGUCAGUGUGAGGUCAUCCCUCCACCACCUUGAUCCAGAUGUCUAUUUGGAUCAAAUCACAAAUACUUCAACAGUAUGUAGUUUUAAAAGUUAAUAAUAGUUCAGUUUACUACACAAGUAUAUGAUUAAUACUGUAACCAGCCAUCUAAUGUCUUAACCUGUACUGGACCUAAAUAAAACAAGGAUAGACUAGAUAUAUGGAAAGUGUAGAUGGAGCAAACCGUGAACUAAGGUCAAACUUGAUCCGUUAUGGAGCGGCAGCGUAUCGUCAGGUCUGGUUCUGAUAUAUUCAGAUGAAGAUAUUACUCAUUGAUUGUGAAGCGUGUUGAUCAUAAACUGUUAAAGCUACAGUUCUUAUUUUUAAACAGUUCUUAUCGUGUUAACACUGUGAAUAACGACGAUUCAUUUCAAGUCUGGAACCGACAAGAUGAAUAUUUGUAGUGAUGGGAUGUAAACAUGGGAGGACUAACUGUCUGUGUGUUUGUAAAUCUCAGGUGUGUGAUUGAUUGAUCUGUCUUCUGAUUGGUUUUCCUUUAUUUGCCACUACAAAUAAUUUUUCUUUCCAGCUCUAGUUUUGAAAAAUAAAAAUAAAAUAUUUACCUCUUC